AUGAACAACGAUCCAGGCAUCGUCUGUUUCCGUCAUUGCUCGAAGAGUGUGUUUUGCAGGCGCGUCCCAAUGACGUGUCCAGUGUGCUCGUCGCAAAUGCAAAAUUUUGUUGUGGACCCGUUUCGUAUUCCAUAUCCGUUCGUGAAUGCCAUUCACUGCCCGACCAGUGUCGUUAUUCGGCCCUCGCGAGGCACCUUCCUCGACGAUUACGACGUUACACGUGACAAUCUACACGUUGGGAUAGUCGACUCUGAUGGCGGCAUUGUGGAGUUUGACAAAGAAGGACUGAUAGUGAACGACGUAGCCAGGUGGACCGAUUGCGUUGCCUUGGAGGUUGUGUCAACAGCUUGGAUCACACAGUGGGAUGAAACAUUGUCGCUCAUGUUGAAAGAUCUCAAAUGGAAAUCCAUUAAUUAUAACGCCGCCAGUAUGAACUGUUUUAACUUUGUUCUAGAAUUUUUCAAUAAUUUGGGAUAUGCGGAUCUGAGAUUUGUGAGCAAGGAAGACUUAUGUGAGCGACUGAUAAUGUUAAAAAUGAACAAUGCAAUUCGAUAUAUCUCGUUAUACAGAGUCUUGAAAGAUCAGGAACAUCUCCUGUCGGAUCAUCAGCCUUGA